AUGGGGGGGGCCGCUGGGCCAGCUGGGGCGGGACGCUGCCUGGGGACUGGACAGGGAGCAGGCCCGGCAGCCCCAAGCCCCACCAGGUGGGUGACAGCCACUGACGGCUCUGAGCGUCCCUGCAGGCUGGUGGCCGACUGCCCGCCCAUCUCCUGCACCAUGUCGGACGGCGAGGGCCCCUCGGCCGAUGACAGCGCCUCGGCUGCCAGCAGCAUGGAGGUGACAGACCGCAUUGCCUCCCUGGAGCAGCGUGUCCAGAUGCAAGAAGACGACAUCCAGCUGCUCAAAUCAGCGCUGGCGGACGUGGUUCGGCGGCUCAACAUCACGGAGGAGCAGCAGGCUCUGCUGAACAGGAAAGGACCUACCAAAGCAAGACCACUGGUGCAGACCUUGCCUUUAAGGACCACUGUCAACAAUGGCACUGUGUUACCAAAGAAACCUAGUGGCUCUCUACCGUCCCCCUCGGGGACCAGGAAAGAAACUGCUGUGCCCGCCGCAACCAAAAGCACCAUCAAGAGGACCAGCUCCUCUGAGAGAGUAUCUCCUGGCGGCCGGAAGGAAAGCCAUGGGGAUUCCAAAGGAAACCGAAACCGCACAGGAUCCACGAGCAGCUCUUCCAGCGGCAAGAAGAACAGUGAGAGCAAACCCAAGGAGCCCGUCUUCAGCGCAGCGCUUCUGUCCCUGUCUCCGAAAUCACAAGGGAAACGCCGGGUGACACACUGCAAAGAAGAAGGAUACGUAAAAAUGUUUCUUCGGGGACGCCCCGUUACCAUGUACAUGCCCAAAGACCAAGUGGACUCCUAUAAUUUGGAAGCAAAAGUAGAGCUACCGACCAAGAGACUGAAGCUGGAAUGGGUCUAUGGGUACCGGGGCCGCGACUGUCGAAACAACCUGUACCUGCUCCCGACGGGGGAGACGGUGUACUUCAUCGCCUCCGUGGUGGUGCUGUACAACGUGGAGGAGCAGCUGCAGAGACACUACACCGGCCACAACGACGACGUGAAGUGCCUAGCAGUUCACCCUGACAGGAUCACCAUCGCAACGGGACAAGUUGCAGGCACAUCUAAGGAUGGAAAGCAACUGCCCCCACACGUGCGCAUCUGGGACUCGGUGACGCUGAACACGCUGCACGUCAUCGGAGUCGGGUUUUUCGACCGAGCCGUCACCUGUAUCGCGUUCUCAAAAUCUAACGGAGGGAGCAGUCUGUGCACCGUGGACGACUCCAAUGACCACGUGCUGUCCGUGUGGGACUGGCAGAAGGAGGAGCGGCUGGCCGACGUGAAGUGUUCUAACGAAGCCGUGUUUGCUGCGGAUUUCCACCCCACGGACACUAACAUAAUAGUUACCUGCGGAAAAUCACAUCUCUACUUUUGGACAUUAGAAGGAAACUCCCUUAUUAAGAAGCAAGGAUUAUUUGAGAAGCAAGAAAAGCCAAAGUUUGUCCUCUGCGUGACUUUUUCCGAAAACGGUGACACCAUCACUGGAGACUCAAGCGGCAACAUCUUGGUGUGGGGAAAAGGUACGAAUCGGAUAAGCUACGCUGUUCAAGGGGCCCACGAGGGGGGCAUUUUUGCACUUUGUAUGUUACGGGAUGGCACGCUGGUGUCAGGAGGAGGGAAGGACCGCAAGCUCAUUUCUUGGAACGGAAACUAUCAGAAACUUCGUAAAACUGAGAUUCCAGAACAGUUUGGCCCGAUCCGGACGGUGACCGAGGGGAAGGGCGACGUGAUCCUGAUAGGCACAACUAGAAACUUCGUUCUCCAGGGCACUCUGUCAGGGGACUUCACACCCAUCACUCAGGGUCACACCGAUGAGCUCUGGGGACUGGCCAUCCACGCCUCCAAACCUCAGUUUCUGACCUGUGGGCAUGACAGGCAUGCCACUCUCUGGGACGCUGUUGGUCACCGGCCCGUGUGGGACAAAGUCAUAGAGGAUCCAGCUCAGUCUUCUGGUUUUCAUCCUUCAGGGUCUGUGCUUGCGGUGGGAACACUGACUGGCAGGUGGUUUGUGUUCGAUACAGAAACAAAAGACCUGGUCACCGUUCACACGGACGGAAACGAACAGCUGUCCGUCAUGCGUUACUCCCCAGACGGGACCUUCUUAGCUAUCGGCUCGCAUGACAACUGCAUCUACAUCUACGGGGUCAGCGACAAUGGGAGGAAGUACACGCGUGUUGGCAAGUGCUCGGGUCAUUCCAGCUUCAUUACCCACCUGGACUGGUCUGUGAACUCACAAUUCCUCGUGUCAAAUUCUGGAGACUAUGAAAUCCUUUACUGGGUUCCCUCGGCUUGUAAGCAAGUCGUAAGUGUGGAAACUACGAGAGACAUUGAGUGGGCUACUUACACCUGCACUUUGGGGUUCCAUGUCUUUGGAGUGUGGCCGGAGGGCUCUGACGGAACCGACAUCAACGCCGUGUGUCGGGCCCAUGAGAGGAAGCUGCUGUCCACCGGCGACGACUUCGGCAAAGUGCACCUGUUCUCUUAUCCUUGCUCACAGUUCAGGGCUCCUAGCCACGUAUACAGUGGGCACAGCAGCCACGUCACCAACGUCGAUUUUCUCUGUGGCGACAGCCACCUCAUCUCCACGGGCGGCAAGGACACGAGCAUCAUGCAGUGGCGGGUCAUUUAGUCCAGCAGGAAGCGCGGGGAGCAGGACAGGGGCAGGCACUCGUGCUGGGCUCCACCACUGUGAUUUCUGUUCUGUCUGAGAAGUUCUGACAAACCUCAGGAAAACCACUCCCUCUACCGGUUACCUUAGCUUAGCGAAUCAGUGAGCGUCACACCAGAGCAGCGAUUCACGGUUCUCCUUGGUUGUACAGUAUAUAAAACAGUGCACAUUUCAUAUUAAAAAAAAACAUGCCAGGGUUUACAUUAUGGUGACAUCAACAGAAGCGACUGGUAUAUGCUUCGUAACUUUUCUACGAACCCUUCAAAAAUGGUCACAGAAAUGCCUUUUAAAAUAUUGUACAUAAGCUUUACUCUCUCCCCACCUAGCUCGCUAAGUGAAAUAUUUAUGAUAAUAAUGAGGUACUGAAUUGGGAUCGCUAUUGAUUAAUUGGUCCUAAGGGGAUAAAGCGAUGGAGAUGAGCGAGGAGGACUGAGCUGCACAGCUGAAUUGGGAAACGCAAAUGUGGCUUUAUUUGGUUACAUUCCCCGAGGGUUCCUUCCGUCCUCCCUCCGGGAGGCUGGCGAGAAAAGGGUUGCAGUCUUCUUGCGUUAAGCAGACUGUGCUCCAGGAUAACUUCCUCACUUCAGCAGGGUAUGCGGGCACCGUAGAGUCGCAGUGACACUGUCCGCCUACCCCAGUGCAGGCCCCCGCCUCCCUCCCUUCUGUCCCGCGCUCACUUGCCCGGAGGAGCGGUGGAGACAUCUAAGCCACCUUCUUCCAUCUACGAGUCGGCAUGAUCUGGUAUUGUAUAGGACUGUAGAAAUUCAUCCUAAAGACGUAAGGCUAGGCUUUACUAUUUUAUGCUUAUGGACAUUGUAUAUUUGUAUUCUAAGACCAAGUAGACCAAGUCAAAACAGUAUCUCUGAAGUGUACAAUAAACCUGCGGCGGGGAGAAGUCUGGAAGGUUCCACCGGGUGCCAAGGGCAGCUUCUUUUCCUGUCUUCUGUGCAUGGACGGCUCUCUACACUACAAAAUAAGACUGCACUCUGACAAGUCAGACAGAGGCGGCGUACGUUUGUCAAGAAGGCCUUAUCCAUUUUGAUUGUGUGACAGAUUGAAAUUUAUUGUUUACAUUGGGGAAUGUAUCUCAGAUUUUAAAAAUAGAAGAGUAAUAAACAGACUUAAAAACAAACACUAAGAUUUCUACUUGUUCUAGGCAAGUAAAUGAAUGGAAUUAUCUGAACUCCACGGCGCUGGUUGUCCAGAGUGGCUGACUAAUAAGCACAUCUGGAGGCAUGUUUGUCCCGUCUCCAGCCUGCGGUGCAAGUGCGGGCCACCGUAGAGACGUGUAUUAAAGAUGAAUCUGUUUGUAUGUAUCCUUAUCAAAUAUAUUCUAUAAUGAAAUUAAAGCUGAAAAGGAUUUCUUAUUGACCUAUAAUCAUGAAAAUAUAUAAAUUAAAAUAUUUAAAAUUAGACAUGAUUCACACUA